UACGAUAGUUACACAGCUACACAAAAUACUUUGUUCUGUAUAUGAUGAAAUUGUAAAUCUUAUUGUAAUACAUUUUUGUAUGUACUGUUAUAAAAAUAUAUUUAGCACGGAAAUAAAAUUGUGAUAAAGUUAAAAGAAAUAACACGUUAAAGUAUCUAUGAAUGUUAUUCGAAUGUAUUGUAUGAACUUCAUGCACAAUUCUUUGUUUCGAGGGUUUAAAUAUGUAAUUGAAAAUGAAUAUUUAUUUUUUUGUGUCUAUUUGGUCAUAUUUUAAUCCAACUUGCAUUGAUAUUGCAUCAAACUGUUGUGUAUGAUUUAUUACAGUUUCACGUAAUUGUAUAUAUGUAUACAAUUUGUAUUGAUAUUAAAUUACAAUUAAUGCAUACAUAGUGUCAUAAAUGUGUAGUUGCGCGAUAACAUUGUAAAUUUUGUGAAUCCAAAGUCUAUUCUAACAUAAAAGGAAUAUCAAAUAAAUAAAAGAUACAAAGUACGAAUAUGGAUGAUGAUGAUCAGUAUCAAGCUGGUUAUGAUGUAGGAUCUUUUCCUAAAGAUUUUGGAUAUGCUCCAUUUGAUGGGGAAACAGAAGGAUCUAUGGAUCCUUUAGCAGGAGAACAAAAACCUAGAAUAUUAUUAAUGGGUCUGCGCAGGAGUGGAAAGUCAUCAAUACAAAAAGUAGUUUUUCAUAAAAUGUCACCAAAUGAAACAUUGUUUUUGGAAAGCACAAAUAAAAUUAUUAAAGAUGAUAUAAGCAACUCUAGUUUUGUUCAAUUUCAAAUUUGGGACUUUCCAGGACAAAUUGACUUCUUUGAUCCUACUUUUGAUAGCGAUAUGAUAUUUGGUGGUUGUGGAGCACUAGUUUUUGUUAUCGAUGCUCAAGAUGAUUAUAUGGAAGCGCUUAAUAAACUUCAUUUGACAGUUACAAAAGCAUACAAGGUUAAUCAAGCGAUAAAAUUUGAAGUGUUUAUACAUAAAGUUGAUGGUUUAUCUGAUGAUUGUAAAAUGGAAACACAAAGAGAUAUACACACUAGAGCAAAUGAUGAUCUUGCAGAUUCUGGAUGUGACCAAAUACAUCUGAGUUUCCAUUUAACAUCCAUAUAUGAUCACAGUAUAUUUGAAGCAUUUAGUAAAGUUGUACAAAAAUUGAUACCACAAUUACCAACUUUAGAAAAUCUACUUAAUAUACUCAUAUCAAAUUCUGCAAUUGAAAAAGCAUUUUUAUUUGAUGUAGUAUCUAAAAUUUAUAUCGCAACUGAUAGUUCUCCUGUAGACAUGCAAAGUUAUGAACUUUGUUGUGAUAUGAUUGAUGUUGUUAUUGAUGUCUCUUGCAUAUAUGGUUUGAGGGAGGAUUUAGAGGCUGCAGCAUUUGAUAAUCAAAGUUCUAGCUUAAUCAAGUUAAAUAAUGGAACAAUUUUAUAUUUACGUGAAGUUAAUAAAUUCUUGGCUUUAGUCUGUAUUUUGCGUGAAGACAAUUUUGACAGACAAGGUGUAAUUGAUUAUAACUUUCUUUGCUUUCGUAAAGCUAUACAACAGGUCUUUGAAUUACGUAAUAAAGCUUUAACUACUACAAAUGUUAACAAUCAUUCAACACCACCUAUUAAUUUGAAUGAAACUACAAAUGCACCUACAGUAUCGCAAAGUGGAACAAUGGGACAAAAUGGUACUGUUGUAAUGGCACAAAGCUUUGGGCAGAGCAGAAUUUUUCUUUAAAUGUUUGAGCAGAGAGAAUUUUUCACUUUUAUUUUACAUACUGGCAAUAAUAUAUCUCAAUCAUGUUAUUCAUAACUUAAUUUUAUAAAUAUUUACUUAAUGUGAAAGAUGUAUUUAUUUUAUUGUUUCUUAUCAAUUUUUUUAAUGAUAUUAAAUUCAGGAAGUUACAUAAAUGUAUAUAUAAUUGUGUAUUAAAAUAAAUUAUUAUCAUCUAUUAAAAUAGUAA